UUGCUCCGGAAGUCUUUACUUCACUUCGUUCGUGCGGCGGAGAGGCGCCCUUCAUUCGCUCCCAUUCAUUUCGCUCUCACGGACCCGGACGUGUUUUGACGUGUGUGUAUGCAUGGCACACGGUGUGUUUCCGGUAUAACGUGUGUGUUGAUCGGCGUUCAGCCUUUUUCCACUUUGGCUUUCAGUAGAACAGUCACUCACUUCAAGAGUCCCCCCCACAGCUUUCCCCUUUAAAAAACCUGCUCACCCCUUUUUCUUUUUUAAACGGCGUUAUAUAGAUUUCAAACCGGUGGACAUGGCAUCUGUUUCGGCACCAGCUCAGACUGCUCCUGCUCCGUCUGCUCCUCUGCAAAGAGGAAUUGUGAAAAUGGUCUUGUCAGGCUGUGCCAUCAUUGUUCGGGGCCAGCCUCGAGGUGGCCCACCCCCGGAGCGUCAGAUCAAUCUCAGUAAUAUCCGAGCUGGGGCCAUGGCCCGCCGAGCCGCUCAGGGCCAGCCCGAGCCCAAGGACACCCCCGAUGAGCCAUGGGCCUUCCAAGCCAGAGAGUUCCUGCGCAAGAAGCUAAUCGGCAAAGAAGUGUGCUUCACUGUGGAAAUCAAGACUAGCUUGGGCAGGGAGUACGGCAUGGUCUACCUGGGGAGAGACACAGCCGGCGAGAACAUUGCUGAGUCUUUGGUGAACGAGGGCCUUGCCACAGUCCGCAGGGAAGGAAUCAGAGGGAACAAUCCAGAGCAGGCCAGACUCUGUGAAUUGGAGGACCAGGCAAAGGCUUCCAAGAAGGGCCAGUGGAGCGAGGGCGGCGGCACACACACCAUCCGCGACAUGAAGUACACCAUAGAGAAUCCCCGCAACUUCGUUGACUCGUUGCACCAGAAACCUAUCAACGCUAUCAUCGAGCAUGUGCGUGACGGCAGUGUUGUUCGUGCCUUGCUGCUCCCGGACCACUACCUGGUCACUGUCAUGCUGUCUGGAGUUAAGUGUCCCACGUUCAAGCGGGAAGCGGAUGGUGCAGAGACACCAGAGCCGUUCGCAGCAGAGGCCAAAUUCUUCACCGAAUCCCGUCUCCUGCAGAGAGACGUUCAGAUCAUUCUGGAGAGCUGCCCAAACCAGAUCAUACUGGGAACCAUCCUUCACCCGAACGGCAACAUAACAGAACUCCUGUUGAAGGAAGGCUUUGCUCGCUGCGUGGACUGGUCUAUGGCCGUCUACACCCAGGGAGCUGAGAAACUCCGAGCUGCUGAAAGAUCUGCUAAAGAGCGCAAGGUUCGAAUCUGGAAGGACUACGUGGCACCCACAGCCAACUUGGACCAGAAGGACAGGCAAUUCGUAGCCAAGGUAAUGCAGGUGGUCAACGCUGAUGCCAUGGUGGUCAAGAUGAACUCCGGUGAAAACAAGACCAUCCACCUGUCCAGCAUCCGGCCCCCCAGAAUUGAGGGAGAGGAGAAGAACAAGGACAAAGACAAACGUUUCCGUCCGCUCUAUGACAUCCCCUAUAUGUUCGAGGCCCGCGAGUUCCUGAGGAAGAAGCUCAUCGGUAAAAAGGUGAAUGUGACAGUUGACUACAUCAGAGCAGCCACCGGUCCAGGAGAAAGCACCCCUGCCUUUGCAGAACGUACCUGCGCCACAGUCACAAUCGGCGGCAUUAACAUAGCGGAGGCACUGGUCAGUAAAGGCCUGGCCACAGUCAUCAGAUACAGACAGGAUGACGACCAGCGCUCCUCCCACUACGACGAGCUGCUUGCCGCAGAGGCACGAGCCAUCAAGAACGGGAAAGGGCUGCACAGCAAGAAGGAGGUUCCCAUCCACAGAGUGGCUGAUAUCUCUGGAGAGACACAGAAAGCCAAGCAGUUCUUGCCCUUCCUGCAGAGGGCUGGUCGGUCAGAAGCUGUGGUAGAAUAUGUCUUCAGCGGCUCCCGCCUCAAGCUGUACAUGCCCAAAGAGACCUGUCUCAUCACAUUCCUCCUUGCCGGUAUUGAAUGUCCACGCAGUUCCAGGAAUAUGCCUGGAGGGAUGCAGGUGGCUGAACCCUUCAGUGACGAGGCCAUGCUGUUCACCAAAGAGCUGGUGCUGCAACGGGAGGUUGAAGUUGAAGUGGAGAGCAUGGACAAAGCAGGGAACUUCAUUGGCUGGCUGCACAUCGAGGGUGUGAAUCUGUCUGUGGCUCUGGUAGAAAACGCUCUGUCUAAGGUCCACUUCACAGCAGAGCGCAGCGCCUACUACAAAACCUUGGUCUCGGCAGAGGAGGCAUGCCGACAGAGGAAAGAGAAGAUCUGGGCCAAUUACGAGGAGAAACCAGUCGAGGAGGUUGUGCAUGUAUCCGAGGAGAAGGAACGAGUGGCCAACUACAGAGCAGUAUAUGUCACCGAAAUCAGCGACACCCUGCACUUCUACACCCAGGACGUAGAGACAGGAGGUCAGUUGGAGAGUCUGAUGGAGACCAUGAGAGCAGAGAUCGCUGCCCAUCCGCCAGUGGAAGGUUCUUACGCUGCACGCCGCGGAGACUACUGCAUAGCCAAGUUUGCUGAUGGCGAAUGGUACAGAGCCAGAGUGGAGAAAGUUGAGUCACCAGCAAAGGUCCAUGUCUUCUACAUUGACUACGGCAAUAGAGAAGUUGUGUCGUCCACUCGUCUGGCUGCCAUGCCCCCUGCCUUCAGCACCAGGACCCUGCCAGCACAGGCUACCGAGUAUGCCUUCGCCUUUAUCCAGAUCCCACAGGACGAGGAUGCCCGUGCUGACGUGGUGGACUGCAUUGUGAGGGACAUCCAGAACAGCCAGUGCCUGUUGAACGUGGAGUACUCGGGCGUCACCUGCCCACAUGUCACAAUACAGUUUGGCGACACCAAGGACGACGUGGGUCUCGGCCUGGUCAAGGAGGGAUUGGUGAUGGUGGAUGUCCGCAAGGAGAAGCACCUGCAGAAGAUGGUGACGGAGUACCUGAACAGUCAAGAAUCUGCCAAGAGUGCCAGGCUUAACAUUUGGCGCUACGGAGACUUCCGCGCGGACGACGCAGAUGAGUUUGGUUACAGGCGUUAAAGAAAGGAAGAAAAACAGAAAACCGACCAUCCAACCAACACCAUUCCAAAGACCAACGUGGACGGCGAGUGACGCUUUGAACAGAAGACAAAGUUAAAAGAAAACUAAACGACAAGCAUCGACUCACUUUUCUUUUAUUUGACAAUUCAUCCCUCCAGUUCUGACUUCUCUUCUGCUAAUACCUUUAUUAUUUUUUCCCCUUCUCCAGCUAGCCCCCUGUAGCUCCAAAUAGAGCAUGCUAGAAAUGCUAAAAAUAUAAAAAAAAUAAUCAUCAUGCCAAGAUGCAAUGAUCACUUUGCAUUCAUCCUUUUUAUUUUUCCUAAUGGGCCACUGCCAGCUCACGCAGCCUGCACUAUUGCCAAUCUGUGUUAUUUGCCAUGUUACCUUUUCAGCAGACUUCCUGUGUGAAUGAUGAUAAUUAACGAUACUUAAACUUGCGUAUGUGUUUGAGCCGAUCAUGUUCUUUGCUCUCUGAUGCUCUGGCCCCGGUUUCCUGCUUUUCCUCUGUACAGGAAGGGAUCGGGUCUGUCGGGGGGUGGGGAGACGCUUGAUUUUUUUUUUUUUUUUUUUUUUUUUUUUUUUUUUUUGCAAACAAAUGCUUCCCUAAUAAAUUUCAUGUAAAUGUGAGGAUAUGUUGAAAAGUGUAAAUGGAUUUAUUUUAGAGAAAUACUGUAGGUGGAGCCACACAGACAAAAUAAAAAUGAAAAAAAAAAAAAGGACAAGUUUAUUUUUGUCUUCGAUGUAUAUCUGUGUGAUGAUGACAUUUGCAGAUGUUUUUUUGUGGGGAGUGUUUUGUCGUUUAUUCACUUAUGUCACACUUUUAUGACCAGUAAACAUGGAAUGCCGUCAAGAGGCAUUUUAUCAUCUCUCUAUCUUUCUCCUGUAAAGUUUACAUUCUAGUAAUGGUUAUGAACCUCGUCUUGGGCAGUCUCUUCUCUUUCUGUCUCUGUAUGCCAUAAAGCAGAAACAGUGUUUUGAAUUUGUUUCCACAUAAUGGACCUUUGCAUUCUAUUAAAAAUCUGCUGAAUAAAAAUAAGCAAACUUAAAAA